UGCCGACGGCAAACUGCGGCCCCAGCGGCGGCGGCCGGCCGGCCGGUCGCAGCAGGGGGAGGAGGGGGGAGGAGCUAUCCUGCGCCGCGCGGGGUACCGCCGACGAACGCCCGACACUGGCUCACUACUCGACAGUGGACACGCCGGCCGCUGCUUACAGGAAAAGACCAAACUGCCCUUGAUUAUACGUACAUGUACAUGUACCUGGGAUUGGAUCGAUCCUAAAAGCAGUUCACGAGGAUCGCACGCCGCCGGCCAGGACGCCUCGCGCGAUCGCCGCCGGAUCACCUCGCGCGAUCACCGCCGCGCGCCGCCGGCCAAGACGCUUCGCGCGAUCGCCACCAAGCUGCUGCCCUCCAUCAACUUCCAGGGACCACCUCGCGCGAUCACCGCCGCGCGCCGCCGGCCAGGACGCCUCGCGCGAUCGCCGCCAAGCUGCUGCCCUCCAUCAACUUCCAGGGACCGCAUUGAGAUGACCCAGGACGGCAGCAUGGAACCAGAUCUGAUGGAUUUUUCUAGACGUAAUGACACUCCAUUGUUGUCGGUUGAGGCUUCUUCACAUGUCCCACAAGUGGAUUGGGAUACCUUACAGAUAGUAGAGGCACAUGAUGACGAAGGUAGAAUUGAAUUGAUUAGUGAGGAUCAGCUGUAUGAGAUUUUGGGCUUGGGAGAUGAGGAUCAGAGAACAAAGAUGAUUGAACCUCCUAGAAUAGUUGAGCAGAGGGGCGAUACAGAAGGUGCUGCCAUUCCUGUUAGUGAUGCGAUACCGGAUGAGGUAGUGAUUACAUAUGACAAGGAUCAUCCAAAAAUGGACCUUGGGACUAUGUACCCAUCAAUGAAAGAAUUCAGGUUGGCUGUAAGACAGUUUGCCAUCAAUGAGGAGUUUGAGCUAGGCACACAGGCGUCAGAUAAGCAGAGGUAUAGAGUGUUCUGUAAAUCUAGUGAAAAUUGUCCUUGGAGGCUUGUUGGCAGACUGCAAGGUGACGAGAAAACUGUAAAGGUGACACUUUUAGUUAAUGAACACAAUUGUAUUUCAAGCAGCAGGGUCAAGACCAUAACACCAUCUCAGAAUUGGGUAGCUAGCAAGGCUGUGAGUAUCGUUAGGAAUACACCCAACAUGGGAGCUAAAGAAUUGCAGAAAAAGUUGCAGGAUGAAUAUUCUGUAACAAUUUCAUAUGACACAGUCUGGAGGGGGAGAGAAAAAGCUCUUGCAGAAGUUUAUGGUAAAUGGGAAGAGAGUUUUGAGAUGCUAUACAGAUGGAAGGCUGAGGUACUAAAGAGGUCACCUGGAAGUGUUGUGGAGAUAGAAGUUUUGGAAAUAGAUGGGAAUGUGUAUUUUCAUCGUUUUUUCUGUGCACUCAAACCUUGCAUCGAUGGUUAUUUGGAAGGAUGUAGGCCAUAUCUGGGUAUAGAUUCUACUGCAUUGAAUGGAAGAUGGAAUGGCCAUUUAGCCUCGGCUACAGCAGUUGAUGGUCACAAUUGGAUGUAUCCACUAGCUUAUGGGUUCAUAGCUUCCGAGACAGAAGACAAUUGGAGUUGGUUUAUGAAUCAACUUAAGAAGGCAAUAGGAGAUCCUCCACUUCUUGCAGUGUGCACAGAUGCUUGCAAAGGUUUAGAGAAUGCAGUGAAGAAUAUGUUUCCCAAUGCUGAACAAAGGGAAUGUUUUUUCCAUCUUAUGAAAAAUUUUGUGAAAAGAUUCCAAGGGUUUGGAGGGAUGUAUCCUGCAGCAAGAGCUUAUAGAGAAGAGGUAUUUAUAGACCAUAUGGUAGCAAUUAUUAAAGAAUCAGACAAGGUGCGGGUGUGGUUAAAUAAGUACCAUAAUUUGAAAUGGAUGAGGUGUGCCUUUAAUCCAGAAAUCAAGUGUGACUACGUCACUAACAAUGUAGCAGAGGUUUUCAAUAACUGGAUUCGAGACAUUAAGGACUUACCUGUUGCUGAACUAGCUGACAAGGUUAGAGAAAUGAUCAUGGGUUUGUGGAGGAGGAGGAGGAGAAUUGGAGAAAGACUACCAGCUGGAAGGAUAUUACCAGGUAUUAUGGUUCAGCUGAAGGCAAAUACUAGAGGCUUAGGGCACUUGAAAGUUGUGGAAUCUGCUAAUUAUAGUGCAGAGGUUUGGGACAAUAGCGGCAAAUGUGAAAGGCACAUCGUGAAGCUUAAUCAGAAGACUUGUACUUGUCUUGAAUGGCAGCACACUGGUAAGCCAUGUCAACAUGUUUUGGCAUUUGUGACAUCACAAAAGAGAAUAGACCUUGAACAAUUUGUGCAUGAGUACUACUCGGUGGACAGAUUCAUGGCUGCUUAUGGAGGAGAAAUUGAGCCAAUGACAGACAAAUCCCAGUGGCCACAAGUCCAUCUCCCAUUUGUUGUGGGUGCACCACUUGCUAAGAGAAAUGUGGGAAGACAAAGGAAACUGAGGAUCAAAGGAUGUCUUGAAGGUGGUCACAAGAAGAAAGGUGCCAAUGAUGGCAGCACUGCUCCCACUGAUGAUAAGGGGAAGAAAAUGAUUAGAGGCCCAAUGACCUGUCUGAGAUGUGGUGAAAAGGGUCAUAGGCAAGCUAGUUACAAGUGUCCACUCAAUGGAACCAAAAAAAGAAAGAGGAAGCCUAGGAAGAAUAGUACAAAAGCUAAACCAGUUGAGCCUAGCACCCCACAAAGGCCAACUAGAGAACAAAUACUACAAGAUAGUCCAGGCAUUGUCACUAGAAGCCGUCUUGCUUUACUGAUGGGAGAGGGCACUUCUUCCCAAACCACAUCAAGUAGUCCACAAACGAUGGCCACUGCAGCUCCAGCAAAGAAGUUUACUCCAAAGAAAAGGCCCACUGCAGCUCCAGCAAAGAAGAUGGUUCCAAAGAGGAAGCUUCAAAUUGGAUAAAGAUUCUCUGUAGUUAUGUGACAAGUGAAUAACUUCAUUAAGGAUGUGAACUCAUUUGUUCUGUGAGAUGUAAACUCAUUUUAGUGAGGCUAUACACUCAUGUUGUGAACUCAUUUAAUUUCUUAGCUGUGAACUCAAUAUGGAUCAGUUUGAAAUGUCUCGAUUUAUUUCUAAGAUUGUGCCUCA